CACGAACGCGAAAGCACCUCUAGGCAGUUCCACAAACCAUAGGGGCUGGCAGCUGAAGCGUCCUCUCCUGCCACAAUUCACAAGGCAGCUUCAUCUUCGUACAUUCUUUUAAUCACACUUCCUUAAUUCCUUCGUAUCCACCUACUUCUAUCUUCACUGCUUAGUUGGACUAUUCGAAUCCGCAAGCCUGGUAUGAGCCAUCCUCCGUAGACCGUCCACUAUCAACAAGCAUUUGCGCGGCCUCAUAUCAAGCCUGCGAAUAUGGCGCAGAAAGCUGGACAGGCUCUGCAGCCUCAGAGUAAUACUCCAAGACGGACUGGAAAAUCUCCAUCGCGCUCUCCGGCGAGAUCACCGGUGCGAAUGCCUGCUCAAGGCAAUGGGUUCAAGUCGCAAGAGAAGGUUAAGAAUCGAAAAGAUUACACUUCCGAGGGCGUAACAGAUCACGACAUAUUUGAUCUUCCCGGGUCAGACUGGCAAUUGCUGGCGGUAUUGACUGUCAUUGCAUCUGUUGUCAGACUGUUCAGAAUCUACAAUCCCAGUAGUGUAGUCUUCGAUGAAGUUCAUUUCGGCGGAUUUGCAUCCAAGUACAUAAAGGGCAGGUUCUUCAUGGACGUCCAUCCUCCUCUCGCGAAGCUCUUAAUCACACUGGCUGGUUUUAUCGGCGGAUUUGACGGCAACUUUGACUUCAAAGAGAUUGGCAAGGACUACAUUGAACCUGGAGUUCCCUAUGUGGCUAUGCGUCUGUUGCCCGCUAUCUGCGGUGUGAUGACUAUUCCGACAAUGUUCCUAACGCUGAAGACACUCGGGUGCCGCACUACGACAGCAGCACUUGGUGCUGGCCUAAUUAUCUUCGAGAAUGCCCUCCUCACACAAUCUCGUCUCAUACUUCUUGACGCUCCAUUGGUCAUCUUCACCGCCUUCACCGCUUUGGCCUGGCUGUCUUUCAUGAAUCAACAUGAGCAAGGCCCAUCCAAAGCGUUCGGACCUUCUUGGUGGUUCUGGCUUGUAAUGAGUGGCUUGGGUCUUGGUGCGACGGCGAGCGUGAAAUGGGUUGGCCUGUUCACUAUCGCCUGGGUCGGAAGCUUGACGAUCGUGCAGCUCUGGGUACUCCUGGGCGAUCCUAAGACUGUCACUCCGAGAAUCUGGUUCAAGCAUUUCUUCGCCCGUGUUUUCUGCCUCAUAGUCAUCCCUGUCACAUUCUACAUGGCUAUGUUCGCGAUCCAUUUCAUUUGUCUGGUUAAUCCUGGAGAUGGAGAUGGAUUCAUGUCAUCCGAAUUCCAAGCUACAUUAAACUCCAAGGGUAUGGGUGACGUACCAGCUGAUGUUGCCUUUGGCAGCAGAGUCUCCAUUCGUCACCACAACACUCAGGGCGGGUAUCUUCACUCACACGCCCACAUGUAUCCUACCGGCUCAAAGCAACAGCAGAUCACGCUUUACCCGCAUAAGGAUGAGAACAACAUCUGGUUGAUGGAAAACCAGACUCAGCCCAUACUACCGGACGGCACUCAGAUCAAUGGAACUACUGCAUGGGAUAAACUAGACAACACUACGAAUAUCGCUAACGGAGCUGUUGUCCGACUUUUCCAUGGUGUCACAAACCGUCGUCUUCACUCGCAUGAUGUACGACCUCCGGUCACGGAGGCCGAAUGGCAGAAUGAGGUGUCUGCGUAUGGCUACGAAGGAUUCGAGGGUGAUGCAAAUGAUAUGUUCAGGAUCGAGAUUGUCAAGUCAUUGUCUGAAGCUGGCCCAGCUCAAGAUCGCCUUCGUACCAUCCAGACUAAGUUCAGACUCGUGCAUUUGAUGACUGGUUGCGUACUAUUUUCUCACAAAGUCAAGCUUCCCGAUUGGGGCUUUGAGCAACAGGAAGUGACUUGCGCGCGUCAAGGAACAUUGCCAAACAGUGUCUGGUACAUCGAGUCUAACGAACAUCCGCUUUUGGACGAAAACGCUGAGAAGGUUAAUUACCGCAACCCUGGUUUCUUCGGCAAGUUUUGGGAACUGCAGAAGGUGAUGUGGAGAACGAAUGCGGGCCUCGUAGAGUCUCACGCCUGGGACUCCAGACCUCCAUCAUGGCCAAUACUCACCCGUGGUAUUAAUUUCUGGGGCAAGCAUCAUCGGCAAAUUUACCUCAUUGGAAACCCAGUCGUCUGGUGGUCGUCCACUGCUAUCAUUGCUCUUUACAUUGCGGUCAAAGGUCUCGCUGCCCUGAGGUGGCAACGUGGUUACAAGGACUAUGCCAACGUCGACUUCAAGCGUUACGACUACGAAGUUGGUAUGACGAUCUUGGGUUGGGCUUUCCACUACUUCCCUUUCUACCUGAUGCAGCGCCAGCUGUUCUUGCAUCAUUACUUACCUGCAUUAUACUUCGCAGUCAUUGCACUUUGCCAAACAUUGGAUUUCUUCGGCCACCGAUUCUCUGGCCUUGGCCUGAAAACAAGGCCCGCAAUCGGUCAGGCCGGCAUGAUUGCAUUCCUGGCUCUGAGUAUCGUUGUCUUUACUCUUUACUCUCCCCUUGCAUACGGCAAUCCGUGGACCAAGUCUCAGUGCAAUAAAGUCAAGCUUUUCACGACAUGGGAUUGGGAUUGCAACAAUUUCUACGACAACUAUGACUCAUAUGCGAAGGAAAUAACUAGCAGCGUCGCCACGGUACCAUCUUCAGCGGCCCCGGUGAUUCCAGUCGCGAACAACCAGCAGCAGGCGCAGCAGCCUAUUGUUGAGAAGGCUAAAGAUGACAGCGCAGUCACUUCCGAAGCCCCAAAGGUGGCUCAGAAGCCCAGCGCUAAAGUCAUUGGCCGAGAGGAGAAGAUCGAGUACCGUGAUGAUGAAGGCAAUGUUCUUGAUCCAGAGCAGGUCUCAGCCCUUGAAGGCAAGGUGUCGUUCAAGACUCGCUACGAGACACGUACCAGAAUUAUUGAUGCCAAUGGCAACGAAGUGUAUGACGGCCCUGGUGAAGAAGCACCUGGUGUCGCGCCACCCCAUCCCGAUGUUGAAGGCCAAAAUCCAGAGACAAUUGGCCAGAAGCAGGAAGAUGCAAGUGAUGCACCUCCAACCGUGGGCGUAUCAGAAGACAUCGAGAAGGAGAAGAAGCAGAAGAAGGGCGUCAAGGGUAAGCCUAAGCCUGCUAGCGAUGCCAACGAAGCCACGAAACAAUGAAUGAUUAGAAGGUUGUACUUGCUGUAUGAAGGUUCAAUAGAAUCGCUGCGUGCAGCUUGACGCUUACAGAGCAGGCAAUAUACUAUGCC